AGAGAAAUUUGGUCGCCAAGGCAGACUUCUUCCAUAGCCAAUCAGCACUUAGCCUAGAAAAAAAGUUCUCAACCUUCAGGAACUGCUUCUUUCCCCACCAAUAAGCAUUCAGGAAACGCUCUGGUUUGUCUCAGGCCAAAACGCGUCCUCCCCAGCCAAUCACCUCCCAGAGUUCUCAAGGACUUCCUCUCGCCCGCCAUUCAUCGAAGCGGCGUUUACGAAGAUACGUUUCUCCAGCCAAUCAGCGACCAGGCUGCUCCGUUCUUCUGAUUCCCUUGAGCGUGCGACUCUGGAGGGGCUCUGAAAGAUGGCCCAGAAGCUGUUCCUCAGGCCAUUCCGGUCUAUCCCCCUCAAGCAUCUUUCUGUGCCACUUCAAUCUCCGUCUUCAUCCCUGCUCUCCAGGGUGUCUGCUGUGCCAUGCCACACCACCUUGUGUGGUUCCUUACCUGCCACUGCUGCACGUGCUGCAGCUACUAGGACAUUUUCUACUACUCAGGUCUUCAGAGACACCUUUAAUGUCCAGGAUGAGGAUGACUUCCAAGACAGAGUUUUGAAGAGUCAGAAGCCAGUGGUGGUAGACUUCCAUGCACAGUGGUGUGGCCCCUGCAAGAUCCUAGGGCCCAGACUAGAGAAGAUGAUAGCAAAGCAGAAGGGCAAAGUGCUGAUGGCAAAAGUGGACAUUGACGACCACACAGAUCUAGCCCUUGAGUAUGAGGUUUCGGCCGUGCCUACAGUCUUGGCUCUGAAGAAUGGCAACGUGGUGGAUAAAUUUGUGGGGAUUAAAGAUGAAGACCAGCUGGAUGCCUUCCUCAAGAAACUCAUUGGGCCUUGAGCAAGCAAAGGCCAGCAGUCACUGAAGCCUCUUGCGUUUUGUCCUUCUUGUCUGCUUGCUUGGAGGGGACAUGUGGGUUGGAGGGAGUGGACAACACCAUCUUCUUCCCCCCUUCCUGCAGGGGUGGGAGAGAAGCAACACUCCCAGGAGGUUUUAAGCUCCAUGGGAAGGCUGGUCAUCUGGUGGUAGAGAUAUGGCCAAAUAGCCAGUGACAAGAAAGGUGGGACUCCUGCUGAGGGAGAGAAAUUUCCUUAUCCACCCUGAUCCAAGCUAGUAUCAAUGUAGUCCAUAACUGCUGCCAGUGAGAAGGUAGAUUUGGUGCAAAAUUCUGUCUCACUGCUUUAUCUCGGAAAUGUUUGUCCUGAUUUGAGUGUGGCACUGGCUGAAGUAAAAGCACCUGCCUGAGGUGUGGUUUUAACUGGGCUGCUAUACUUAGCUGCUUUGUGCAGCUGGGAGACCAGUUCAGAUGAGGCACCAGGUAAAUGCAGUCAGCACCUGUGAGCAGGUGUUUUUGCCUCCCGUUUCAGUCAGGCUAGUAUCCUUGGUCCAGAGGUGGUUUAAAAUUGGUUUGCAACUCUUGGGUUGCUACCACAGCCCCCCCUGUCUUUUCUCUCCCUCACCAUGUGCUGCUGUUUAUAUACCAAAUAAAGAAAUAAUAUUUGGAUUUAUUUGUAGAUCUACAAUAAAGACUUUUAAUUUUUU